AUGGUCCCACCCCCUCCAGGGGAGCUGAUGCCCUCUGGGGCCUCUAUGGGCACCUGCAUCCAAAGGGGCUUCUCCACUUUGCAACACCCGUGGACCCUCUGUUUUCUGCUCCUUCACUACCUCAUAAAGGCUGGCAAAGAGGGAAAGUAUCAGCCCUUGGAUCAAGUUGUAGUGGAUGACAUGUUUCCAGAUUGCGUCUUGUUGCUGAAAUUUCCCGAGCUUGAGAAGUCACUUCGGCAUGUGACAGAGGAGAAAGAAGUCAACAGCAAGAAGUACUACAAGUACAGCACAGAGAAGACGCUGAAGUGGCUGGUGAAAAAGGUCAACCAAACUGUGGCAGCGUUGAAAGCCAAUAAUGUCACUGUGGGAGCCCGGGUACAGUCAUCUGCAUAUUUCUCUGGUGAUCAGUUUUCCAGGGACAAGGAAGAAGAUUAUGUUCGCUAUGCCCAUGGUCUGAUCUCUGAUUACAUCCCUAAAGAAUUAAGUGAUGACCUAUCAAAGUCCUUGAAGCUUCCAGAACCUCCAGCUUUCAUCUCAAACCCUCCAUCGAAGAAACUAAAGUCAUCAGAUGAGCCUGUAGAAGCAAAAGAAGAUUACACUAAGUUUAACACUAAAGACUUGAAGACUGGCAAGAAAAAUAGCAAAAUGACUGCAGCUCAGAAGGCUUUGGCUAAAGUUGACAAGAGUGGAAUGAAAAGUAUUGAUGCUUUUUUUGGUGCAAAAAAUAAAAAAGCUGGAAAGAUUUGAAGCGUUGAAAAUAAAAUCUAAUGGUGCAGAAAAAGAA